AUUUCCUGGACUUUGAGACUCCCUUGAAAAGUAAGUGAACUGUACGUGUGCCAAACCAAGCCAUCAUAUGAAAUCAAAAAUAUGGUAAAAGAAGCUUUUCUGCCCUCAAAGAUGGACCUAAAGUGUUCUGCUGCCUCCUUUCCCCAUUCUCCCACCCUGGUCCCACUGGCAGAUGAUGCCUGGAGGGGUCCCAACCGGGUCAGAGGUGUUGGGGGGGGGGAAGAGAAGAAGCCCUGUUUCCCCUCAAAUCUGCUGCAAUGAGCCUGACUCUCUCUCCACCUCCAGCACAGAUGACGCUGGAUCCGGAGACGGCCCACGCCAGGCUUUAUCUCUCGGAAGACCGCAAGCUUGUUUGGUGGGAAGACCGUGAGCAGGACCUGCCCUGCAACCCGAGGAGGUUCAAAGUCUAUCCCUGUGUUCUGGGCUCGGGGGGCUUCAUAUCGGGGUGGCACUGCUGGGACGUGGAGGUCCACAGAGAUGGCUUUUGGACCAUUGGGGUGGCCAAGGAGUCGGUUCCAAGGGACCAUUCUUUAGUCCCAAAUCCCAAUGAGGGGAUAUGGGCUGUGUAUCAUAAUCAUUAUCCUAAUAUGUACAAGGCUCUGACCUCUCCUGCUGAAACCCGCCUGUUUCUACGCAGUGUCCCCAAGCAGAUACGAAUCUGCUUGGACUAUGAGGAAGGAAGGGUGGUGUUUUUUGAUGCCGAGAGCAAAGAACGGAUCUUUGCUUUUCCACCAGCAUCUUUCCAAGGGGAGAGAAUCUUCCCGUGGUUCGUGGUGUUCAAGGAUGCUCAACUCAAACUUCUUCCCUAAGGCACAGGACAUAAAAAACCCAACCCCCAAAGCCCUCAAGUUACCCUUGGGAAAGAAACCAGGGGCUGGGUUUUAUCCCAAUCCCACCAAAGGGACAGGAAAGGGGAGAGGUGUUCAGCUUCCUCUCCUUCUGUGCAAAAUGGAAGCAUUUCUGUGCCUUCAACUCUAUUUUGAUCUUUCAAUCGCUGUUUAAUCACUAAUGGCUGUUACAGGGUGGCUGCAAAUUUGCCCUGAUGGGGACUUAAAAUUAAAACUGUAAUUCUAAACCAUU